UACACUAAGAAGGAAGUAGCUAAGCUGUGCAUCGUUGUGUCUUAUUAACAAUAGCCAAUUUGUCCUAUGCAGAAUUUAACUAUUUGAAAACCCAGUAUUUAUUUACGUAGUAGCCCACUGCCUUUGUCUGUAGGUUAUAUCAUACAUGCAGAUGUACGCACAUGCAUUUAUGUAAUGUUUCUAUAAAAUGCCUACAUGAAUGGGCUGGUGCCGUUUCGUGUUUGUUGUCUGUCGCGUGCUUGCUAAUAAUAUGUACAGCUUCACGGAAUCAGAAUAAAAUGUGAAAGUAAAGCAUCGAUGCUACUUGAAGCCUAUGGAGCCGCAAAGUUUUAUGAUAACUAACGUCAUAGCAGAGAGCUCUUAAGAAGAGUUUUGUCUGGAAGAGCGAAGUCCUGGAACCUCCAGAGGGCAUACGCAGCAGUAGCAACGCGCAGCAUCCGCGGAACUUUUACAGAGCGUUCCCUCUGAAUCCUUCGAAAGCCCAAAGCUCCAGCUGCCCAAAAGACAUGGAACACCAGCUGCUGUGCUGUGAAGUGGAGAUCAGAAGAGCUUACCAAGACGCUAACCUACUCACUGACAGAGUGCUACAGACAAUGCUAAAAGCAGAAGACACUUACCUCCCCUCUGCAAAUUACUUCAAAUGUGUCCAGAAAGAAAUUGUGCCUUACAUGAGGAAAAUUGUUGCCACAUGGAUGCUGGAGGUAUGCGAGGAGCAGAAAUGCGAAGAGGAGGUCUUUCCUUUGGCUAUGAAUUAUUUGGACAGAUUUUUGUCUGUGGAACCCACAAAGAAAACCAGACUACAGUUACUGGGAGCAACGUGUAUGUUUUUGGCCUCCAAAAUGAAGGAAACGAUCCCGCUAACGGCGGAGAAACUGUGCAUAUACACCGACAAUUCCAUCCGACCCGGCGAACUAUUGCAAAUGGAACUACUAGCAUUGAAUAAACUGAAAUGGGAUCUAGCCUCUGUAACUCCCCACGAUUUCAUUGAACAUUUCCUCUCCAAACUGCCCCUCCACCAGGACACCAAGCAAAUCCUACGCAAGCACGCCCAGACAUUCGUGGCUCUAUGUGCAACAGAUGUCAAAUUCAUCGCCAGCCCCCCUUCCAUGAUCGCUGCCGGCAGCGUGGCGGCUGCCUUCGAGGGCCUCCGACUGAAAAGCACGGACAACGCGCUGUCGUCCAGGAACCUCACGGAGUUCCUGGCCCGGAUCAUCAAGAGCGACCCGGAUUGUCUUCGGGCAUGUCAAGAGCAGAUCGAGUCCUUACUGGAGACCAGCCUCAGGCAGGCCCAGCAGCACAGCGUCUCCUCGGAAACUAAGACGGUGGAAGAGGAGGCCGACCUCUCCUGUACUCCCACAGACGUGAGGGACGUGAAUAUUUGAGCAGGCCAAUCAGGCGCUGGGGGGGGGUUUUGGGGGGGGGGGGUUCCCCGCCCUCGGCGAGAUCGCCACGGAGAACUCUUCAGGAAGAGGAUCUUGUUGCCCCCGGCAACUGCCCAACACUCACGCUAUCACAGUCACCCACCGGCGUGCACGGCCCCCAGCGGAGCGGCGCGGGCGAAAUGCCACGCCCCGCUCCGCCCGGGCGGCCAGCGCUGAAGAAGGGAUCGAGGCUUUGCUUCUUAUCAUCACCGUCACUCUCCCUUCCUACCCUUCGGCCUGUGGAUAAAAAAACGAUAACGAAAUCGCCCUCAUUUUGUUUUAAGUAACAAUACGACUUUAUUGAAAAAAAGAUAAAAAAUAAUAUUUGUGCAACUUACAAUACGCCACACACACAAAAAAUGACAUUUACACCAGAAUUUAUUUUGUUUUGUUGUCAUUUUAGAGACUUUGUGCCUAUGAAUUUAUCAUGCAGGAAAGUGGGUUGAUGUCAUUCUUCAGCUUGUCAAACCAUUUUUAAAUGAGAAGAUGUCUGUUGUUUUCCUGCUUGCUUAGAUAGUAUGUUGUUACACUUCUAAAAAAUUCCCUUUUGUUUUGCAGUCUAGGCCUCUGUGUAUCUGCUUGCUCACGCGUUUAGUCACUUUAUUACAUUGUUGUCUAGACUAUUUAAAUUCACUGUCCUUAGUGUUUGUCCUCUUCAGGUUUUGAAAUGGUAUUGUAACCCCUAUAGCAUAUUUUUGUUUAGCAUACGUCGUUAUAUGUUAUUCCUUUGAAGGCUGUGGAUUACUAGUGCUUUUUGCUUGUGAGAUGUAACCAUUAACACUGCCUGUGUGAGUCUGGCUUCACCCACACAUUCAAAUCUUUAUGUAUUUUAGUGGUAUUUUACUGCUACCUAUAACUUACUCUGUACAGCCAGCCAGCAGCAAGGCACAAAACAAUAAGCUGACUUAUCAUUAAGCUUCAAUCCACAGCCUGGCUUUGUAGAAAUCAUUCUGUCUUAUUUUCUGAAACCAUUCCAUUUAAAAGCACUUUCAGUCAGUUACGCAGCGCUGGCUAUUUUGACAACCAUGCAGGACGUUCAGAGAGAAGAAAAUGGAAUGGUUUAGGAGUAAGGGCAGGCUAGCCUUUGGGCCACGGAGCUGGUUUCUCUUUAACUAUGGUGUUAUCCGGAGAAAGCCCACCGUUGGGAAGCCCCCACAUACCCUGUGCAUGUGUAGUUCCAGUCCCGGCAUUCCAAGCUCGCCUAUUAUUUCCUUAAUGUCGGAAAACAGAUCACACACAACGCGGCCCCCACAAGUAGGGACGGCGUGUGUACAACUGAGGGCACAGCUUUGUAUUUCCUAUUGCCUGAAUUGCAUUGGAAGCUUAAGCGUUUGCAACACUAAAGUGUGUAAUUUAUAGUUAUAUAAAGACUAAUGACUAUUUAUUGCAAAAAUGCUCUCCUCUCAAGGCCAGUACAGCGAAUGAAAGGAUGCUUAGUUCUUCUUUAAAUGAUUAUUUGAACCUGCUAAUCACAUGAUCGUUUGCGGACUGUUAUAGGACAGGGUUUGUUCAAUGCAAUGAGAGCUUCAUGCUGCUGGGCCCUGCUUAAGAGAGGUGUUAGAAAAUGUACAAUAAACAGCAUAGUUAAACCUUGUACAUAACUGGUGUACUUAGGGUGGGGGAACAAGAGAAAGGAAAAAAGUUUUUUUUUUUUUCAAUGUGUUUUCCCAACCUUCAAAUUAAAAAACUUUAAUGUGGCUAAAAGAGAAUUUUUGCACAAACUUGGAAGAUGUUAUUUUUGUCAUAUUUCUAGAGAGAAGUGUUUGGGGUUAAGCUGGAGGGGAAAAACCGUUGAAGUUUGCUGAGGGGAGGAGAAAGGAGAUGGUGUGGUGUGAGCGCAUUGCUGCCGAAUCAAGGUGUUGAUUGUACAAUGAGAAUAAAAAUGGGAGUGUACACUCCUCAUAUUGAGCUGCUAUGGAGAUAUUCCCAGCAAAGUAUGAUGACUUUUAAAUGAAAAAUGGAAAAAAAAAUGAAAAAAGAAAAAACAAUGCUUUUUUUCUUGUAUCUAAGUGUUUUUUGCUGCUAUUUGUGGAUCAUUUUUAUUACAAUGUCAAUAUACUGCCAUGUAAUAGAUUUUAAUUUUCUCAUAGAAAAUUGUGAUUUUAUUGACAUCUUUGUUUUUGUAGUUUUUUUUAUGUGAUCAGUUUUUACUUAAUGUGAUUUCUGCGCUAUUCCAAAAAAAGGAAAAAAAGAAAAAAAAAGUGAAAAUAGACAAGGUUCCUGUUUUUUUCACGAUACCUCAUUCAACAGUCAAGACUUAUUGUUAAUGUAGUCUGGGUUAUUGCUUUUAUUUUUAAUUCUAUUUUAUUUUGUUUAUUCAGUGCCUGAUAAUUCUGUCUUCAGCUGCAAAUUAAAUGCAUUUAUCAUUAUCCAAAUGGGUCCUGCAGGGAGAGAACAGGGAGUGUUGAUUGAAACUGGUGCCAUAGCAAACCUGAUUAUAUAACUCUUUGAGUUUUAAACUGUUUCAUUGAAAGAGACUGUAUCCCCCAUAUUAGGCCAUUGAAGGCCCCCCCUUUAUAUUUAUAAAGCUUUUGUACAAAUUCAAAGCAGAUAUGAUGGGAUUUGUAAAUGCCAUGUCUACUUCUAAAGCCAUAGUAUGUUUUUGUGAUAGUAACUUAACACAGUGAUAUGUACCUGGUUUGGUCUUGUCUUCAAUGCAGGUGGCCAGAGACAUGGCAUUUGUAACUGAGUGUAUUUUACUGCACAAUAAAUUUGGAGUAGAUUCCAUCGAUACCAUCACUAUUUCUUUUUCUCCCUCCUUAAUUUGAGAACGUCAGUUACUGUCAGCGAAUUUUCCUUUCACGGGGCGUCCAGUGUUUAUUUAGCGAGAUCAGUAUGGAGGGAGGAGUUAUAAGCGUCCUCCGUCUGGUGAGAGAAAGACUUUCACAAGCUAGCAAAGUCCUUGCUUCGCCGGCAGGAGUCCAGUUAACCACAGAUAUGGUGCUGCUAUAUGUUUUGCUAGGAAGAGCAGGAGGAAGAGGACAGAAAAUGAUGGAACAUUCUGACUGCUUGUAAAGCUGUUAUUUAAGUUGGGACCCAGGGGACUUGAAUAUUUAAUUUUCGGUCCAGGAUCAAGAAUAUUUGUUACCUCAAGAAAAAAAGAGAUGAAAAAUGAUAUUUGUGACACCUGUUUAUUGAAAAAAAAAACUGUCAAUAAGAAAACAUUGCUCUUUCAGUGUUUUCACUGUAUGUCCAUCUUGUGAAAGAGAAAGAGAACAAAUCAUGGUUCACGCAUCAAAUGUGGCAAUACGGCCCCUCUUGGCCCAAAAUCACUGAGGGACACUGCGUAAUCGGACUUCACAUCCCUAACGAAUAGUCAGCGGUUUUAACUUCACUUAUGGUGUGCUGCCUGGACUGCAGUCUGCUCUGGGCUAGGUUUCUCAGUGCCAUUGUCCGGGCACUGAGUUUGAAGGCCAACGGUUGACUGCAGUUCCAAGAUGCAACAGAACUCAUAAAACAUGACCUUUUUUUUUUUUAAUCUUUUUUUUUUUUACAGUCGCUGGUCUGAAAUGCACAACAUUUUACUCACAGACCUGUAUUGAACAUGUUUGGAAUGUUGGCAUAAAACAGAAUUAAAAAUUAAAAUUCCAAAAACCGUCA